UAUUAAAAACAAUCCUUAAAAAAUCUAGCUGCAGUAGAGCAUGCUGUUUAAAUCUGAUAAUGAACGGCAUGGUUUUGAUGAGAAGGUUUUAGUCUCCACAGAGACAAAACUUAUAUAAUCACACUCUCACACUCAACACUGGCUAUUAGCACCAACACUGGGGUUAUUUACACCAUUUGGGUGUUAAUUUUACUCUUAGAGCCUUCAUUUAACUCCUGAAUCAACACUAGAAAUGUUACACUGAAAUAUGCAACACUGGACGAUUUUCUGUGUAUAAGCCACUGGGCAGCGGGACUACAACACGUGCGUUUUGGUGACAAUGGGAGCUUGAGGUGCCCAUAAAGACAUUUGACACGGGACUGCUGUUCAAUAGUAAUGACACAGGAGCGGGUUGAAUUUCGAGGCCCGUUGCCAUAGCACAACCCCCCAUAACACCACAGUGAUGGCCGGGAAUGUUUUUUUUUAAGUGAGAGGAGUCUGAAGUUAUCUUCUCUGCCAACGAUACUCACGGGCAGUUUCAUCCCCAUGGACAAGACCAACGUUUUUCUUUUACGCGCCAUGUGCUUGUUUUCUAAUUGAUUUCUGAGGAAUACUACUUGGAAACGGUUAUGGGCACCUCGAUUGAACUAACAUUAUAUUUUUUAUACCUGUGAGUUACUCCACGCACAGGGGGGAUGUUUAGGAAGAUCAACAACGCACUCCGUCCCAACAAUGGGCACAGGGCUCGUGAUGGCAGUCCGCGGUCCGAGCAGGACUACCACAGCGCGUGCACCGUCAAGUUGGUGCGGAGCACCUCCAUGCUCGUGGUGGGCCAGAGGAAUCAGUCAUCCGUCAACUCCACACUGAAGCGGAGCAAAAGUUCUGUGAAUGUCGAGUCCACCACCGCCUUGUAUUAUUAUCAGAGGCAGGAGGACCGGAUAUGGCUCUACUCCCAAAAUCAGAACUGCCUGGAGUAUUUGGAAGAGCUGGUGGCGUUGAGACGGCAGUACAUGAGGAGCGUCAACAACUUCAAAAGCAACGAGAUGAAGGCCACAAUCUCCCCCAAGAAGAAGCCUGCGCCUCCCCCACCCAACUCCAAGGACGCACAGAUCAUGAGGACCAAACCGUCUGCCCCUCCAAUCCCCAAUGUGGAGGACACUCUGGACUUCUUUGAUGCUGUCAUCGCGAGCUGUGACCCUGAGCACACGCGCAAGCCCCAUGUAGACGAUGGGCACGCUGACGUUGACUUCAUUGUCUCCUCAGAAACUGACGUGAACCCAUCUCUCUCUUCAUCAGUGGCCACCAGCACCAGUGAGCACGACCUCCACUCCAACUGGGUCAUGAGGGUGCCACGGUGUCCCACAGAUGAGUCCAAGCUGAAGAAGCCGGCCUCAACCAGCAAAAGCAGCAGCACGGCCAAGAAGAACAGCGACAACGGGACGACGAGCAGCCGACGACACCUACAGAGAAACCCCAUCCACCUGCCCAAAGUGGUGGAGAGCGCUUUCCAGACACUGCGCUUCAAGCCGAAACUCAAGAAAAAGUAGUGGGAACUUGCUUGUCCUGAGUUUCAUAACAAGUACAGGAGUCAACUUGGGGAGGUCCCGCGACAUGCAAGCAUUCAGCUGGUGAGGAAUUGUCAGGGAAACCACAAAAUAACCAUGGAUAGUAAUAUAGGAAGUGAGAGAGAGAAGUAGGCCUAGAGGAAGUGGGAACUGAGAGAAAGUGGCAGCCAAUGAUUAUGGUAUUGUGUUGGUGUGGACAGGCAUAGCAUGUGACAUUGUUCACUAUGCCACCAGCCUGAUCAAUUAUCCAGUCUGCUGUGGCCUGUGGGACUGAUGGGACGGUAACCCGAUCCACAAAGGACCGUGCGUAACUUGGACAGCGUAAUUACCAACAAACACUCUCAUUACUUAGUUACUGUGACUAAACAGACCACCUACUCCACCUGACAUCACAAUCAGUCAAGUCUUUUAACUGAACAAUGCAAGUAUUUUUAUUACACAUUUAGACUAGGCUUAUUAUAUCCAGGUUUACCUGUCGCAUCAGUCUCCCUAGACUCACUGUAUGAAAUGUAAGAUGUUCACCAUGUGCCUCAGAUUGAAUGAUUGAAAUUAUUCUUAAACAUUAACCAAGGUACUGCAAAUGG